AUGUACGUCAAAAUGAAAAGGAACACAAUCAUUUUGCAAAACGCAAUGCCAUUGUUUUGUUUACAUUAAUAAUUUGCCGUAAUUUCAUAUAAUAUUUUUAGAUUUCAAAAUUCUUGUGAAAUAUACACAUAACAGUCAAAAUAUGGAAAGUCCUAUUUCUGACCAUAGUGAUUCCGAUUCCGGGGAGAGUUGGACUUUGUUAGAUAAUGAAACAGCACGUAACGCCGAUUCCCCUUCAUUUGAGUCACAAAAACUUCACACAAGUGUGAUUGAAGAUGUGUGUGAAAAAGAUGAAGACACAGACGGUAUAUCCAUAAUCAGUGAUAGUGAAACUGAAUCUCCUUACUGCCUAGAAUCAUCGGUCAUUAUGAAUUCAAGCCCAGAGAGGCAGGCCAUAAGAGAGGAGAUACCCAUUUAUAGUUCACAGGAUGUUGAUUUAGAAACAAAUGUAACAUGCGGAGAAAGUGACAAGGAACCUCUAGUUGAAGAUGAUGAAACUGGCGAUAGUAUGAAGCAUAAAAUUUAUGUGCACCGGAGAAAUAAUAGGCUGAGCACAGUACUAAAUAUCAUAAUGCUGGUGAGUGUCAUGACCGCUGCAGGGGUAGCCAUAGGCCACAUGUGGGGCGUCAAACACGACUGCCCGGCACAGACGAUGCCAGCAUUCAACAAAAUUAUGUCAGACUUGUAUAAAUUGCAAGCAGAAACUGCCAACUACAGAAAUAAACUGAGAGAGUUGUCACUCAUAAUUGAAGAUAAUCUUCAUUAUGAAUGUGAGAGAGAAUCAGAGGUAUCCCUCAACAAGCAACAAACGGCUGAGUGUCGCCAGCAAAAAAUUCAUAACAUCCAGAAAUAUUUGAAAAACAAUGCAGAAGAGGGGAAAAAAUACAAAAGAUCAGUAAAUUCCUAUCCACAGAAACAGGAUGAAAAUAAAAUUAAAAAACCUAAUCACAAUCAACUGCCAUUACAGAAUAUAUCUAAAAUUAAACCUAUAAAUAAACAAGAGAUAGAUAAGAUGUCAAUUCCAGAAAUAAUUGUUACUGAUGAAUCUAUAGCUAUAGAACCCGAUAAAUAUGAAGGAGCAAUGCCUUCAUUAAAAGAAGAAAAAGAUACUAUUUGGAAAGAAACUAAAAUUAGCUAUGCAGAUUCUCUCAAGAGUCAUAAUAUCAACAUAAAUAUUAGAGAUGAAAAUGUGUACCAAAAUAAUGGAAAAAAUGAAAAACAUUAUAAAAAAGUUGAAGUUGCUAAAGAUGAACUAAUUGAACCUUUUAGUAGUGAAGAAGAAUUUGUGAAAGACAAACAUACACCCAAGCGUAAACUGAAACAAAAAUCGCAAGACCGUAAAAAACCAUUCAAAAAUACUAAAAGGAAGAAUAAACACGAAAGUUGGGACAUAAAAGAAGGAAUUCAGAGGUAUUAUGACGACAUGUCCAAUAAACUAGUUAACAAUUAUGAUUUUGUAAACAACAAAAUGAAUCAAGAUGUUACUGAUGACAAUAAACCACAUAUUAUAAGGGAGGGUAGUGAAAGGGAAAUGCACCUUUAUAGCGAUUAUUUUAAGCAGGAAGAACCGCAGAAAAAGAAUAGUAAAAUCUCAAAUUGGUUUGAUAAUCGCGCCCAAUAUCGUAAGGAGGCAAGGAAGAGGCAAAAAGAACUACUCAAUGUGUCCACUACAAAUUCUGGAGAUUGGUAUUUCAAACGUAUGCACAAAAGGGAGGAAUGCCGAGACAAAGAAAAUUCCACAUGCAAGGGAAAUAAUAAGAGGAAGAAUUUUAAGACAAAGCCAUAUAAAUAAGUCUAUAUAUUUAGUGCUGUUUAAAUGUUUGCUUUAUUUUAUCUAUCUUUAGACAUAUUAAAUGUGACUCAAUUUAUACUACAUAUAUGCAAACAGCACUACGCUAUGGCCUAUGGGCCAUAGCAUAUUUGUGAUAUCAUUGUUUAUUUUAAUGUGACUAGCCUUUAAAUAGCUUUAAUUUAUAUUACUUUGUGUAUUAUGUUUGUACAUAUUUUGUUACACAAGUAUUUUCCUAUGAAAAUUACAAGAAAGGUAUAUUUUUAUAUUCUAAAAAGUCAAUAAGAAUAUUGAACUCGUAUUUUUUUUACCAAAUUGAUAAUAAAUAAUAAUAAUGUAGUAUUUUUCAAACCAUAGGGGUACAAAAUGUUGAAGUGAUGAAGAUUGCAACACAACUUGUUUACACAAAAACUGUGACACUAUUUUUAUAUUGUUGACAUAAAAUUGUAAAAAGUAUUAAUUUAUAAAUUACGAUAAAAUUGUUGUAGCUGAAA